AUGUUCCGUCUCCGUGCUUCCCGCGCUACACUCUUCCUCUCUUUCCUCUUAGUCCUAGCUGCCUCUCUCAUCUUCCUCUCACCUCACGGUCAUCUAACACCAUCUCACGAUGACCCCGCUCAUCCGCCCUUCGACCUCGGUCUUUCCGGUCAGAACUCAUGGUUAAACUUCAUCUCCCAAUCCUCGAGUGCCCUGUUUCAGAGCGUGGCGGAUCUACCGGGGCUGCAAUACGGUACUGAUGGUUUGGUCAGAGGGUGGGAGGACGUACAUGAACUGGUUGAACAUGGAGGGGUGGGGUUGAAGAAGAAGGAUAGGAAGAGAUUGAAAGAAGUUAGGGAUAGACAUCCUAUUGAAACUUUGAUAGAGCUUGGGAAACAAAGAUGGGAAACUCUGCUGGCUAGACAAAGCAAAACCCUCCCUCAAGCAGUGACAGAAUAUACCAGACGCUAUAAUCGUGCACCUCCUAAAGGUUUUGAGGAAUGGUGGCAGUUCUGUAAACGGAACAAAGUCCGUAUAGUCGAUGAUUAUGAUCAGAUCAAUCGGGAUAUAGAGCCUUUCCUAGCAUUGUCGCCAGAGCUGUUCAGGAGACGACUGAUUAUCCGCCGCGUGGACCUCUCCCCAACAACCGAAUCUAUUCUCUCGGGCGAACGUGCGGUCUCCGUCCGUGCCAAAGCUCUUUUCAAUCUGCUUGAACCUAUCGCCCAAUACUUCUACACUGAUGUCACUUUCUAUGGCUCAGAUCAUGAUAUGGGCAAAAACCUUUUGGGUGACGAUCAAAGGCAAGCUGCUCUCGAGGCAGUGAGAGAGGGUCGAUUUCUGACGGAGAUGGAUUUGAAGGGAUAUGAAAAGACGCAAGGGAGAGUAGCAGUGGGUGGUCUGGCUAGUGCCUGUCCGGAAGGAAGUCCGGCUUGGAAUAGGAGUUUAGAUAUCCAGGAGGGGAGGAUGGUGGGGCCUUUGACAGAGAGGGAAACGACAUUCAUAUAUGACCAUCAAACGGCUUCUGACUUUUGUGUCCAUCCCCGUCUUACUCAUCUUCACGGAGCUCUGUCUUUCGAUACACCUCGUGAUACCGUUCUCCGACCAUUAUUCCAAUAUUCCAAACUUAGUCUCAAUCCCGAAUUCCUCACCACCCCCUUGGAGGCCUUUGCAAAUCUCUCUUCGUCCGCGGCUCAGGAGAAGUACUCGCCAUGGGAAGAAAAAACAGUGAACAAGUUGUUUUGGCGUGGGAGUGGUACGGGUGAUGCAUAUAGUAAGAGGAAGAAUUACAACUGGAGACAGAGUCAUAGGACUCGAUUAGCUUUGAUGGCUCAACGACGAGAUGGUGAUGAGGAAGUUUGGGUGAAAAGAGGGAGGGAGUGGGAAAAAGAGAAAUGGGGUGUGGGGAAAUUGAAUGAAGCUUAUUUGGAUGUCGGAAUGUCGGGAAAACCACAUCAGUGUAAGCAAGAAGAUGGAACAUGCGACGAGAUGGCCUCAGAGAUCAAGUUUCUCGAUCGGGUUCCUCAAGAGAAAGCAGCGCAGUAUAAAUACGUCUUCGAUGUCGAUGGUAAUGGCUGGUCAUCCCGUUUUCAUCGUCUUCUAUCCUCAGGAAGUGUUGUUUUGAAAUCGACUAUAUAUCCAGAGUGGUACUCUGAUUGGAUGAUACCGUGGUAUCAUUACAUUCCAUGCAAAGUUGAUUAUUCCGAUAUAUACCACAUCAUGUCUUUCUUUUCUGGUUCACCAGAGGGUCGUGUAGCUGGACGUGAUGAUCUAGCCCGAGAAAUAGCGAUGCACGGGAGAGAGUUUACAGAGGAAUUUUGGAGAUGGGAAGAUAUGCAAGCUUACAUGUUUCGAUUGUUACUAGAAUACGCCCGAUUAACAGCUCCAGAUCGACAAACCGCUUCAUAUCAUAAAUCCUACACUUGA